AUGGAUGUUACCAACAACGUCGUCAAAACCCUAGCUCGGUGGUGUCUUGUUUUACAAGCCAUCAUGAUCUCAUUCAACACCGUGGCUCUCAAGGAACCUGACUACGUAAACAUGUACGUAACAAUCCGUAAUGCAAUAACCGGGCUAAUCCGCCCGGAAAUCGUCUAUCGAUGCCAGGAGAUACCGGCGAUUCAUAUCUGUCAUGUCUGGUCCGCCUUAGGAACAGCCACACUCGUGAUUGAAAACACUUAUCUCGAUGCUGAGAUGUGUCCUAAAUCAUCAUGUGCUCAUGAAGCGACACCAAAAGGGAUCUUGUUUAGAGGCCUUGAAUGGGAUUUCAAAACCGUGUUUCCAAAACUCAAACCAGUUGAGUAUCUAGAAUUGCCGUGGACACCUUGGCCAAACAGAACAUGA